CAUUGGGAAUAGGUUUUAAAGAAAAUAAUAAACCUAAAUUGCAAGAUGAAAUAGAACUCGAAAGUGAUAAUGAAACUGAAAGUAGUAACGAAACUGAAUUGCAAAAUGAAACAGAAGUUAGUGAUAAUAAUGAGGAUGAUGAUUACUAUGAUAAUUACCAUGAAGAUAAUAAUUAUUACAAUGAUGAUGAUAGUAGAAAUGUAAAUGAGAACAAUAAUUAUUACAAUUAUGAUGAUGAUGGUAGAAAUGUAAAUGAGGAUGCAGUAGAAGAAGAUUAUGAUUUGGAAGAUAUUGACAGUGAUGAUAGUGUAAUCUAUGCUUUCUCUGAUUCAUAA